UUAGACGAGUGUGAAACAGGACUACAUAACUGCCACGAUGAUGCAUACUGCACCAACACCAAGCGUUCCUUCACGUGUACUUGCAAACCAGGAUAUUCUGGGGAUGGUGUCAACUGUGCAGGUAACAAAGCUACAUACGCAGCGUGAACUUACAGGAUCUAAACUUUAGUUGUACAUAAUCGCAGCAGAAAUAAGAAAUAAGCCAAUAAGAAAGCUGCAAACUGGUUUCGUAUUUAUGUAAGUGACAUGUUGUUAUAUUUAGUAGCAUAAAACAAAAUAUACAAAAUAACUGCUCCUUGCCAUUGACAGAAUUUGUUUUGGAAAAAUUGAUUCAAGGGUAGAACAUUUCAGGGUUACCGUUCGAAUGCAUUGCACUACUAUCCCUCAUUCGAUAGGAAUAAAAAUCCAACUUGGUCAGUCUGAUAAUUUAGCCUUAUUUAUUUCCAGACGUAGACGAGUGUAAUACAGAAAAACACCAAUGUGAUGAAGCUAUUUCAUUGUGCGUUAACACUAAAGGAUCCUUCGAGUGUUACUGUCAAAAAGGGUAUUUUAAAAGUGGACAACAUAAAUGUACAGGUAACAUCCACUUUAAGAUCUCUUAA